AUGCUCCGGCUCCAGCAGUGUGAACCACAAUUUGGCAACUCUACUGGUUUCCAACAAUUCGGCCACCCACCAUCCAAAGGAUCCUUGUCGACAGCCAGGGGAAUGCCAACUGCAAUUCGUCCGAAGCCCAAAAGAAAUUGUCUACACCGAGGAACAAACUAUGUCUUCCCAAAACGUUCUCAGGAUGUCGAGGACCAAACGGACGAUCAGCAAUCGGAAGAACUCAGUGAGCCAAUUAGCUCAAAACGACAACUGAAAAGAAAGAGCACAUAUAAAAAGAGGACAAGUCGGGUGACUUUUACUGAUGAACAAAACCUAUUGCUCUUGGCGGUGUUCAAUGAGAACCCCUAUCCAUCAAUAGAUCAGCGGAAAAAGUUGGCUGAUGAGAACAAUCUAACCGAAAGCCAGGUGUUCCCAAUAAAGUCACGUCUUCGGUUCCAGCUAUUCCGGUCGAAACUCAGGCGGAAACUCAGAUGCUUCAACUUCAACAAAACAACGAUGAGGAGCGAGUUAAGGAAGAAUCGGUAG